AGGAAGCAAACCUCGUGUUUCCUCCUGCUGUCCGCUCUCUGCUGCUCCUACACUGGCUGGUUUUGGGGUUUUUUUUCCUGGAACUAUUGGAUCCAAUGUGAUUUGGAAACAGGAAGCUCCGCAGAGCCUCCUCUCUUUGACUCCCUCUGUCCCUUUCGCACGACUUUGCUCCAGUUGUCCACAGAAGCAGAGGAAGUGAGCAGGACCCACACACAGGACCCACACACAGGACCCACACACAGGAACAUACACAGGAACACACACAGGAACACACACUGGAACACACACUGGAACCAUGGUGUCCCUCCUGUGCCUCCUCCUUCUCCUCCUCCUCCUCCUCCUGGCUCCACAUGGGUUACUCUCCUCGACACAUGUUGCAGUGAUUUCCCCGCAGGAUCCCGUCCUGCGCAUCGGCUCCAGUCUGACGGCCUCUUGCGUGCUCAGUCCUGACUUCGACCUCCCUGCCACCUCGCUGUACUGGACGCUGAACGGGGUGCGUCUGCCCGGUAGCUCCUAUAGCGUGGUGAGCUCAGACGUCUUGAGUGUCACCCUUCACAGCCUCAGCGGCUCGCGGCAGCAGUCUGGAGACAACCUGAUGUGUCACGGAGCAGACGGACAGAUCCUGGCCGGGUCCUGUCUGUAUGUGGGCAUGCCUCCAGAAAAGCCAGUCAAUUUAACGUGCUGGUCCCGCAACGCUAAGGACCUGAGCUGCAAAUGGAGCCCGGGGGGGCAGGGCGAGACCCACAUCCGAACCAAAUACACCCUCAAGUACAAAUUGAGGUGGUAUGAGAGAGAGGAGGAGUGUGGGAAUUAUAGAACAGGGAAGCAGCGUUAUUCUUGUUACAUCCCCCGCAAUCCAGCCCUGUUUACUCCCUACGAGAUCUGGGUGGAAGCAGCCAAUCAGCUGGGCUCUGCCACCUCUGACAUCACCACCCUGGACAUCCUGGAUGUAGUGACCACAGACGCUCCCGCCAACGUCCAGGUGAGUCGUGUCGGCGACCUGGAGGACCAGCUGACGGUCCGCUGGGCCAGCCCCCCUGAGCUCAAAGACAUCCUAUUUCAGGCCAAAUAUCAGAUACGCUACAGACUGGAGGACAGCACUGAGUGGAAGGUGGUGGAUGAUAUCGGGAACCAGACGUCAUGUCGUCUGGCAGGCCUCCAGCCCGGUACCGUUUAUUUUGUCCAGGUAAGGUGUAGACCGGUGGGCAUCUACGGCUCCAGGAAACCCGGCAUUUGGAGCGAGUGGAGCCACCCGACGGCCGCCUCCACACCGAGCAGCGAGCGCCUGCAGAGUGGCUCGUGUGAUCCUAAGCCUGGCGAUCAGAACUCCACCCUGCGUCGAGAACUCAAGCAGUUCUUCGGUUGGGUCCGCAAGCACGCGUAUGGCUGCAGCGGCAUGUCAAUCAAACUGUACGACCAGUGGAGGGUGUGGCUGCAGAAAUCGCAUAAAACAGGCAACCAGGUAGAUUCUACAAGACGAUAAUUCAUAGCACAGCCGUUCAGCACGGCUGUGGUGUUGAAUUCACGAACAGCUUCAAGAAACACUGACAGAUAACUGGCCCCGGGAGCCCCAGCUGCGUGAGAGGUCCAACGCCCCAGCUGAGGGAUACCGCAGUGUUUGGUCUUAACAGUCUUAACUUGAGUUUAAAGGACCCGUGUGGAAGAUAACUGAAGUGAAACAAUGCAGCAUUUUUCUGCUCUUUCAGCUGGUCAGAUCUGUUAGAUGUCUUCGCACAAACACAAAUGUUCAAUCCCUCAGUGUUCGCACUUACAAUAAGUUACAAUUUCCUUACAGUAGAAACAGUUCCCACUUCUUCUUAACUUACUAUUGACCUUAUGGCAAUUUUAUAUCAAACAUUAAACUAAGCAUUAAUAAUGAAUUGCACAGUAAGAAAAUGACAAAGCUGCUCACUAACACAGCUUAAAGUUAAGCAUCUGUCAUCAAGCAAUGUAAAAAGUUUGUUUUAUACCCAUUCAUGAAGCUGUUGGACCAGCAUGAAUGCAUCAUAAGCUAAAGUCUCUGUUCAUGUUGUUCUGUAUCUGUUUUUGACUUUUGUUUUUUUUUUUUUAAUGUUUGAUGUUUCUGUAACUGCUUUUUAAAAAUGUGGAAUUUAAGUUAUAUUAUUAUUUUACUUUAUCAAUGACAUGUCAAAAAUUGUAAAGUA